AUGAAUUCAAUACAAAUUUUCUUCUUUCUUCUCCCAGUCGUUUUUCCUGACUGUGUUCCACCAGCCCGGCUUAUUUCCGAAUCCAAAGUCCGGAGAAAGAAAACGAUAGAGCCACAUUGCGGCGAACGAAUUGAUUUUGGAACGACCGAUCUUUGCCGAAAAUGGCAAAUUGACGAGAAUGUCGAAUUGUCGUUUUGGUUUUCCAAUGGAAGCGAAAUUCGGGAAGAAAAUUCCCUUUUUUCUUUUGAAAAUGGCUAUCCAGUGAUUGACUCGUUUGAUGGAAAUUUCGGCGAUACAUUUCUCUGCAAAGCGGAGAAAAGUUGCGGGGCAGAAGACCACUUUCAAGUUGCGCUAGAAAUCGAGCAAGAAUCUAGCUCUCCUCGGGCGCACAUUGAAUGCGUCGACGGUUGCGCCAGCCAUCAGCAAUGCCAGGAUAAUUUCAGCGGAAGGGAUGAGCUGGAGAACUGCGGUCGGCCAAAUUACUUCACCGCCCCAAUUGAAUCUACUGUCACAUUCGUCUGUAACGUUCGUUAUCCAACUUGCGCGCCGUUUCCCAAAGCUAGCUGGCUCUUCCGAAAGGAUGAUGCCUGGAUCCCCAUCGAACAAUUGAAUCUCCAACCACCCUCUUCUUCGAAAAUCUCCUACUCCUAUCACAACCAAUACGAAAGCCUAACCAUCCAUUCGAUCAAUCCCGACAUGCCGAGUGUAUACAGCUGUACGCUAGAAAACUCUCUUGGCGUAGAAGAUACCGUCUUUGAAAUUCACUUGUUUGAGAAGAAAAUGUCCCUUCUUGAUCUUGGCUCGACGACUUGGAUUAUUGGGGCGGCGGUGUUGGCGGCGAUCGUUGUUUUUGGAAUCGGAAUUUUGAUCAAGUCUAAAUUCUCAAAAAAAGGAGGCUUGAAGCAAAUCCCAUUUCAAGACCUGAAGAUGCGCCCUGGUUGGGAAGAUGCACCCUUGCUGGCUGGCAAUCCUGCUGAUUUCGAAAAUCACAUUCCUGCUCAUUAUAUUAUCCAGUACGAGCUGCUCGGAGGGAAUAAAAUGGAAAUCGGCAAUGGCUGCUUUGGCGUUGUCUACACUUCCGUCGUCAAUACAGACGACAUUCCUGUAAUCAGAAGCGAGAUUAAUGAGAAACGAAGGGUCGCGCUCAAAGUUGGAAGAGUGGAAAACGCGAAUCCGGAAGAGCAAAAGAUGGCGUUGGAGAGUUUGUUCAAAGAACUCAAAAUCAUGAUGAAGGUCGCUGAAUACCGCCAGAGAUUUAUCGAAAGAAACCAGAACAGAAAUUACCACCAAUAUGUGAUUCAACUUCUGGGCUGCGGCUACACCCCUGAGCCGACCAAAUGGCCCUUUCUCGUAAUCGAAUAUGCGGAGAAUGGAGACCUGCUCAAGUUUCUGAGAAAUGUUUUGAAGGACAUCAGAGAAAGAAGGGAAAAUGGAGCAAAGGCGUCUUCGUCGCUCAGACUUACGGACGGAGAUUUAAUCAAAUUUUCAUUCCAGAUCGCUGCUGGAAUGUGCUUCCUCUCGGAAAACAACUUCGUCCACCGCGAUUUAGCUGCUCGCAAUAUCCUCGUUUCUUCCGACCUGACGAUGAAAGUGUCCGAUUUCGGCCUCUCAAAAGAAGAAAACUACUACCGCUCAUCCCGCGGGAAACUGCCCUGGAAGUGGAUGGCACUGGAGAGCAUCAAGGAGCACAAGUUCACGACGCAAUCGGAUGUCUGGGCUUUUGGGGUCACUAUGUGGGAGAUUUUUAGUUUAGGGAAUGCGCCCUAUCAGACUAAGACCGCACAAGAGGUGAAGGAUUUCCUCGAAGAUGGUAAUCGCCUGGCUCAUCCGCCUUUCGCCUCGCGCAGCAUCUACCAAAUCAUGGCCGACUGUUGGAAAAGUAAUCCCAAGGAGCGUCAGACCUUCGCCAGCUUGACGGAGGACUUAGAGCGAGAGCUUCAAAUCUGCCAGAGCAACGAGAGAGUUCUCGAUCUACAGGGCCACGAAAUCAAUGGCUACGACUCCUAG